AUGAUGAAAAAAACCAAUUCGGCUAAACGGGGGUUCCAGGAGGGGAACCAGCAACUGCUGCAGCCUGAGAAGGUGGGCUGGGUCCGGAAAUUCUGCGGGAAAGGCAUUUUUCGGGAGAUUUGGAAAAAUCGGUUUGUGGUGCUGAAGGGCGACCAGCUUUACAUCUCGGAGAAGGAGCUCAGAGAUGAGAAAAACAUCCAGGAGGUGUUUGACUUGAACGAUUACGAGAACUGUGAGGAGCUCAGGAAAUCCAAAAGCAGAAGCAAAAAAAACUAUAGCAAGUUCUCGCUCGCCCACUCCAAGGAGCCUGGCAACACAGCACCCAAUCUCGUCUUCCUGGCUGUGAGCCCCGAAGAAAAGGAGUCUUGGAUCAAUGUGCUUAACUCUGCCAUCAUCCGGGCCAAAAACCGCAUCUUGGACGAGGUGACAGUGGAGGAGGAGAGCUUCCUCGCCCACCCCACUCGCAACAGAGCGAAGAUCCAGCACUCCAGGCGGCCCCCGACCAGAGGCCACUUGAUGGCUGUGGCAUCUACCUCAACCUCUGAUGGGAUGCUGACCCUGGACUUGAUCCAGGAGGAGGAGGCCUCCCCAGAAGACCUCGGCACCUGUGAGAAGAGUUUCCGGGUGGACGUGGACAAAUCAUCCGCUCAUCUCUCCCCUGGCCGAAGGCGCUCGGAUUCGGAGACCAUCAAGGAGAAGAGCAAGACAAACAGUCUCCCACGGAGGAAGGACACGACCGGGGAGAGGCUCUCCGCUCACAGGGAGGCCUUUGGCAAAGGGGCCAUGUACACCCCUCAGGUCCCCAAGAAGCUCUCUCCCUUGGAGAAGAACAAAUGUGCCUCGAUGGAAGAGAUCCUCUCCUGCUGGGACUCUUCCUCGGCUGGCCAGGCGUGGCUGAGGAGCGGCCUCAAGGACCGGGGGGCUUCCCCUGAGCCCCAGCAACUGGCCAGGAUACAGGAGCUGGUGGCCUUGCAGCUGGAGAAGACGCAGGGCCUGCUGGCGGAAGCGAAGGGCUACGGGGCAGAGGCGCAAAAGGCACCGGGGCUCGCCUGCGCCUCUCCUGUGGCCCCCGCCUGCGCCUCCCCCAGGCUGGACUCGGAGGCCGCCUUGCAGGAGAUCCAGAGGUUGCUGGGCGAGGCCUCCUCUUACUGGAGCCAAGCCCAGAAAGUGCUGCAGGAGGUGACAGAACUGAGGCGCCUCUACCAACAACUUCGGCUCUCGCCCCCUGCGCCCCUGGGGGGGCUGCGGCCGCCGCCGCCUCAGUGCAGGAGGAGCCUGAUGUGA